GCAAGCUACAGUUCACUGAAUCGUAACAACCGUAAGAAAUCGGUAGGACUGCAGAGGAUCUUAAUCCUAAUCCCGUAACUGAAAGUCCAACCAAAAUCUAAUUGGUGCCUGACUCUUAGCAGUUGGGUGUCUGUCUCCUCAUCGAUUUCUGCAAAAGUUGCUGGAAACCUCAAAAGCCCACGAAAACCCAUUCCCGUUAGGAGGAAUCAAUCAUGGGUUCCUCUCCAUCUUUCACUAUCUUGCUCAGCUUCUUCAUCAUUUUCCAAUUAUCAUAUUCCAUUCCUUUCAUUGUACUCCAUGGAAUUGGAGAUCAAUGCUCCAACAAAGGAGUCAAACAGUUCACUGAGCUACUAAGGAACUUCUCCAACUCUGAAGGAUAUUGUGUAGAAGUUGGAGAUGGAACAUGGGAUUCCUGGUUUAUUCCAAUGAAGGAACAGGCAGAAAUUGUUUGCAACAAGGUGAAGGAAAUGGAAGAACUUAGAGACGGUUACAACAUAGUUGGUCUCUCCCAGGGUAACUUAAUAGGUCGAGGUGUUGUUGAGUUCUGCGAUGGAGGACCACCUGUUAAGAACUUUGUCUCAUUAGCAGGACCUCAUGCUGGUACUGCUUCUGUCCCUCUUUGUGGGUCUGGCGUUUUCUGCAUCAUUGCGGACAACCUGAUCAAAUCACAGAUCUACAGCGACUAUGUCCAAACUCAUUUGGCUCCCAGUGGUUAUCUUAAACUACCAAAUGAUAUCCCCAAGUAUCUGGAAAAAUGUAGAUUUCUACCAAAGCUUAAUAAUGAACUCCCUAAUGAGAGGAAUUCAACUUACAAGGAACGUUUCAGUAGCUUAGAGAAUUUGGUUCUUAUCAUGUUUGAGCAGGACACUGUUUUGAUACCUAAAGAAACCUCCUGGUUUGGAUAUUAUCCAGACGGGGCCUUUGAACCAGUUCUGCCUCCACAACAGACAAAGCUUUACACUGAGGACUGGAUUGGUUUGAAAACCUUGGAUGAUGCUGGAAGGGUUAAGUACAUCAGUGUUCCAGGAAAUCAUCUGGGGAUCUCCCACAGCGACAUGAAACAGUACGUGGUGCCUUAUCUGGAAGAAAAGGCAUCGGCUGAGGUGAUCACUAGAUAUCCAUCAUCACAUUGGUCGCCUUCCUGGAUCAAGAAUCUCUUCGGGAAAUAACCAGGUCCCAGAGGAUGAAUCAUUGAUGAACACUUGAUUUUAGUUCUAUGAACCACAAUCUACAAAUGCAUGACUGCAAAGUCAGUUUGAUGGCAAUUUAUAAGUGUGCAAUAACUUUAGAUCUGUUCUUUUCCUGUGCCUUGCAAUGCUUGAUGAAGCUUGUUUUAGCCAUAGGCAUAUGGAAUUAUUACAAUGUAGUACUAGUACCACACCAUGAUAAUUGAAAUCACAAGUCUGUUCAUAAGAA